GCUUUAAUCAGGUGCAAGGGUGCCCAGGUUCCCUGUUGGGCGUUGCUGUUUGUGUCGCAGUUCUGCCAAGCAGGUAGCUGUCUCGUCAACACAGUCUUGUGUACAGUGGCGUACACAACAACGUGGCGACGAGGAUAGGACACCACCAUGGCUACCACAGGACAGAUGCCAGACGUAAAGACGCACCUCCAAAUACGCCGUGAUUUUCAUAACCGAAAACAGCGUGAAGAAGAGAGCAUUUCGGAGUUCUACAAGGAGCUAAUGUCGCUUGCAUCAUGUCACGGGGGCAUUCCCGAUGAAGUUAUAUGCUCCGUUUUUAUUAAUGGACUCCGUGAAGUACAGAUCGCCACUCCACUUGACGAUAUGAAGGGCGUUGAUAUAGACACACUUUACAAGAAGGCCAUUGAAUUGGAGGCUGAACUACACCGUACAAGAGAAAUGAGUCAAGGUAUUCCGGCGACAUCUGAACCGUCACAAGUACAACAGGAGGCAUCGCAAGAUCAAGCACUACAACACGCAGACGCACCGACGGCGGCUGGCACAUCGGAGAGUUCGUACAAAUACGGCGAAUAUAUUAAAGUUGGACCAGUAGAGGUACCGGAAGACAUCAAGUACAAGAUUGGCCACGAACAUGAACCACUCUGCUUGAUAUUUAACUGUCAGGAAUUCCCAGACGACCCUGAUCGCAACCGUGAAGGAUCAGACUUGGACGUGAAUAGGAUCAGAAAUGUGUUCAAGCGCCUUGGAUUCAAUGUCAAGGUCGAAAACGAUCGCGAAGCAAGCCAGAUGGAGAUGAAGUUGAAGGAAGUGGCCACGGACAGGAAUAGAAUCAACGACGACUGUUUCGUCUGUUUCGUGCUAAGUCACGGGAAGCGGGGAGAGAUCAGCACAAAGGAUGGCUCCAUCAAGUUGCGAGGACUGGUAGACCCUUUCAUGGCCGAGGAAGCUGCACACUUUCGCAAAAAGCCAAAGAUAUUCUUCGUUCAGGCGUGUCAGGUGCUCGGAAAUGAUGAGAAGAAUGCUGAGACCCCCGUGGAGUGGAGCUACGGUAUCCGCUCGCAUCCCGAGCUAUUUUUCGCCUUUGCGACACCACCAGGCUUUCUUUCAUAUCGGGUGCCAAAAGAGGGAUCCAUCUACAUCCAAACGCUGUGCAACAUCUUCGACAACAGCAUCACGUUUGAAGACUCAUCUCCUGAUCUAGAAACCCUGAUGAAUGGCGUGGCCCGAGACAUCUCGCGCGAGUUCGAAAGCAAGUGUAGCGACAAAAGCCUCGACAAGAAGAAACAAGUACUCUGCACCUUUUCUACUUUGACCAAUAAGGUGUUUUUUCCGAAGCGUCCACAGUCUAGCAAUAUAUCUGGAACGUCCUCGUAGUCCAGGGAAGGGUGCAGGUGCGACAUUGUACUUUCAUUGUUCCGCUCUUGUGUACUCUAUGCAAUGAUACCAGUAAGAAAAUUGAUAGACUGGUUUGUAAAAGAAUAAAGGUGGAGAUGUAAAGAAUAAAUAUGUUGAUCCGCA